AUUCAUAUUGACUUCAAAAACUGUUUAAGAUAUAUUUCGAAUUAAGUUGUCUUUUGUAAAAAGAGUUAUUCCUUUAAAGAACAAUAAUCAAGACUUUUGAAUCAUUAAAUACAACAUUACAACAUCAUAUCUUAACAAACAAAAUCGGAGUUUCGUAAUUUAUUUAAGGGGGUGUAGUAGGUGUGCGACCUGUCUAACACUUUUUGCAUAUUGCUUAAGCGUGUGCGAAUAAUCAGGAAUUCGCUAUGGAGUUGGCAAAAAGUUUUUUCAUCUUUUUCUUAAUUGGAAAUUGUCUGGCGGAAAUUCGAAACGUCAGACAGGCAGAGACGGAGUUCAGAUUUGCCUCCUACUAUGCCAACCAGAUGGUCCUACAACGGGGACCCCAGCGGGCAAACAUCUGGGGAUUUGCAGAUAGAAGUGAUAUCGGGGCCAACGUGACCCUCACUGUCACUGAUUCUACGAACGCUAAUAUUACUACCGAUUAUGCAGCAGUUGUGAGAGACGGUCCAACACCAUCAGAUGCUAUGUGGGAAGUCCUUCUAAAUGCAGAGACCAGCCAGAAUCCCUUCACCAUUACAGCCCGUCUCAACCAGCGCACCGAGCAGCUUACCAACGUAUUAUUCGGAGACAUUUGGUUCUGCUCUGGACAAAGUAAUAUGGUCCAUACAGUUGGUAGACUGGACAACCCCGACGAUGAGCUCGAUACGGUUGAGAACUUCCCAGAUGUGCGCAUAUUUCGUGUGAACACGGUUACUGCAGACAACCCACUAUUUGAUCUUCCAUUUAACGGAAUUGUACAAAACUGGGAGCUACCAACAUACGAGUCAAUCGAGCAAUUUUCCGCAAUUUGUUGGCUGUACGGAAAAGAAAUGCAUAUCCAGAAAGGGUACCCAAUUGGUCUGAUAACGUCGGCAUGGGGCGGAACCAGAAUUGAGGAAUGGAUGUCCCCAGACGCCAUGAACGCAUGUAACGCUGAAGACCUCGCCGCUGAGUAUCUAUGGAACGCGAUGAUUCACCCAUUCCUCCCGAUGACACUCUAUGGAUCUCUCUGGUACCAAGGGGAGGGAAAUGCAGGUCAAUCUGCCGAGUAUUCUUGUCUUUUCCCUGCUAUGAUAAGUGACUGGAGAACGAAAUGGAAUGCAAGAAAUGCGCAAACUAGUGCCCAAUUCCCAUUUGGUUUUGUCCAGCUCGCUCCAAAUGCUGACAAUGAUGUUGACAUAGGCUUCCCUGAUCUUAGAUGGGCCCAGACAGCUAAUGUAGGCUACAACCCUAACCCGCAGAUGCCAGGGACAUUCAUGGCCGUAGCGAUGGACCAACCAGACUUUGACAGCCCUUAUGGAACAGUCCAUCCGAGAUAUAAGCGCCCCCUGGCUGACAGACUUGUGCUAGGAGGACGUAACAUAGCAUACAACGAGACGUUUGUAGUUCACCAAGGUCCAUUCCCAACAACUAUAGUAAGAGGCGCCUCUGGUGUAGGCAUAGAUAUACAAUAUGACAAUGCCAAUACAAGAGUGGAUGUCAGAACUGUGGAAGGAUUUGAGAUCUGUUGCUCAGAAGAUGAGGAUGAACAAUGCCCUGUUGUGGGAAUUGCAGAAUGGGAAGGUGCACCUAUCCUAGAAGUUCGCACAACUUCAAUCACAAUCCAGGCCCAGUGUGCUGAUGCUUCAGACUUCAUUGUUGGGGUUCGUUAUGCAUGGAGGGUUUCUCCUUGUGCAAGAAACCAAUGUGCCAUCUAUAGUGCUCAGACGUCACUUCCAGGGCCACCAUUUAUUCAUUGGGCAGUUUUAUAAUGUGUUAAUGUUGCAAUAAAGUGGAUUUGAUGAAUUUCAACAA